GGCCUGAAACAAUGUCCUCCACCGAGAGAAAUGUAAAGGACACUUGAUCAUACAAUCCUGGGAAUUAUUUCCAGGAAACACUUACAGAAGCCAUUCUGAACUCCUUUCCCCUGGUGGCACAUUCAGGGACGGCCAGGAGAUGAGCACUUCUCUGAAUUACAAGUCUUUUUCCAAAGAGCAGCAGACUAUGGAUAACUUGGAAAAGCAACUCAUCUGCCCCAUCUGCCUAGAGAUGUUCACAAAACCCGUGGUCAUUCUCCCCUGUCAGCAUAACCUGUGCAGGAAGUGUGCCAGUGACAUUUUCCAGGCCUCGAACCCCUACUUACCCACAAGAGGAGGCACCACCGUGGCAUCAGGGGGACGAUUUCGCUGCCCCUCCUGUAGACAUGAAGUGGUUUUGGAUAGACAUGGAGUGUAUGGGCUUCAGAGGAACCUGCUGGUAGAAAACAUCAUUGACAUCUACAAGCAGGAGUCCACCAGGCCAGAAAAGAAGUCCGAUCAGCCCAUGUGCGAGGAUCAUGAAGAGGAACGCAUCAACAUCUACUGUCUCAAUUGUGAAGUGCCCACCUGUUCCCUCUGCAAGGUGUUUGGUGCCCACAAGGACUGCCAGGUGGCUCCGCUUACUCACGUGUUCCAGAGGCAGAAGUCGGAGCUCAGUGAUGGCAUCGCUGUCCUUGUGGGAAGCAAUGAUCGAGUCCAGGGCAUUAUCAGCCAGCUGGAGGACACCUGUAAAACUAUUGAGGAAUGCUGCAGAAAGCAAAAGCAGGAGCUCUGUGAAAAGUUUGAUUACCUGUAUGGCAUCCUGGAGGAGAGGAAGAAUGAGAUGACCCAAGCCAUCACCCGAACCCAAGAAGAGAAAUUGGAACAUGUUCGUGCUCUCAUUAAAAAGUACUCUGAUCAUUUGGAGAAUGUCACAAAGUUGGUCGAGUCAGGAAUCCAGUUUAUGGAUGAGCCAGAAAUGGCGGUGUUUCUGCAGAAUGCAAAAACCCUGUUGCAAAAAAUCUCAGAAGCAUCAAAGGCAUUUCAGAUGGAGAAGAUAGAACAUGGCUAUGAGAAUAUGAAUCACUUCACAGUCAACCUCAAUAGGGAAGAAAAAAUAAUACGUGAAAUUGAUUUUUACAGAGAAGAUGAAAAUGAAGAUGAUGAAGAAGAAGGAGAAGAAGUAGAAGUGGAAGAGGUGGAAAACGUUCAAAUAGAAUCAUCAGGAGAAGAGGAAAGUCUAGAAAAAGCCCCAGAGCCUUCUCAACUGGCCUCAGAGCUCCAGGCUGCUCCAGAUGCAAUUUUGGUCUCCUCUCCAGAGCCACCUCCAAUCCUGCCUCCUGCCUCAGCUGUCUCAGAGACACAGGGGGAGGUGGUGUCCACUGACUCACAGCAGACCACAGAGUCUGAAACUCCAGCCCCUGCAGCAGCGGAAACUACGGAUCCCCUGUUUUACCCUAGUUGGUAUAAAAAUCAAACCCGGAAAGCCACCAGCAAUUCACCUUGCAACCCAGGGAGCGAAGGUCUGGGGCAAAUAGGGUUUCCUGGUUCUGAGGAUUCGAAUGUGCAGUCGGCAGAAGUGGCAGAAGCCCCAGCCAAUGAGAGGGCAGCAGUGAGUGGUAAGGAAACUAGUUCACCUGCAGCUACUUCUCAGAUUGGAUCUGAGGCCCCUUCUCCCCAGGGACAGGCUGCAGCUUCAGGGAGUGGGAGUGGCCCCGAGGUGGAGCCUGCUCGCCAUGUCUUUUCCUUCUCCUGGUUGAACUCCCUGAAUGAAUGA